AUGCUCAAGCUCACGAGCGUUUUUAUAGGCGCCUUCUUCUGCUUCGUAGUCGUGCCUGCAUACGCCAAGUCUGAAAAGCCCUUGACCGACGCAACCGGAGUCGUACUCUGCGGCAUCCUGCCCAUCAUCUUCGUAUCUUACACGACGGCCCCAUUCGUUACUCACAUUCACAUGCACCUGCCGCCCGCCGCCCGCACUUCCCGCGCCGUCCUCGAGCGCUUCGUCGCAGCCCUACCGCCCUCGACGCCUCUCACCAUGACUACUAUGAGCCUCAUCGCCAAGCCCCGGUACAGCAGCUUGAAUGCCGGCGACCUCGCACCCGUCUCCAAGCGCUUCGGCCUCGUCAACUACGUCCGCGACACGGCGAACGAGAAUAAGGCCCGCAGCUGGUACAACCAUCGAGCCGUUAGCCAGUUCUACGUUCAGAGCGGUGGUGCUGACGUCAAGAAAACGACGAAGAGCCAUCGGCCGGGCACUAGGAAACGGGGCGUGGUGGAUGUGUGGAUUUGGGACGCGCUGAGGGAAAAGCUGGCGAAGAGGGCAGCAUUCACGAUGGGAAGCGCAAAGUGUGACCGUGUCUGA